ACGGGAUUGACCGGCUAGUCAGGGAAGAGUCGUUCUCCCAGUGAAACAUAAACCUAAUCUAUAAAUAAUGAAAAAGUAAGCAGCGGAAAUAUAAAAAUAUGCUUACCUAGAUUAAGGAUGCUUCAGGAUUUCAAAAGAUUUCAACAGCUUUAGUACCCGUCAUUCCCACGACAAAAGCAAAAAGUGACAUUUCUUCCAUCCCAAUGGUACCAACUUACAUUCUUUAUUCACACUCUGAAGGCGUAUUCAGUUAGACACUCCUAUGGGUACAUGGGUAUAAUUUGGUUUAUCACUUAUCUUUGUACGCGGUAGAAAAAGGCAGAAGUAUUAGAUCAAUUCCGUGUAUAAACCUACAUUUCGGGCUCAAGUAUUAUGGAACAACCAUUUUUGUACAACUUAAAAAACCGAAUUUUGACUACAUGAUAGAAAACACCAUUUAUGUUUGUUUCAUGGGUGAACACAUUUCCUAUUUUAUUUCAUUAGUUUCCCCGAAACAACCCCCCUAAGUUCGUGUUUUUAUACAUUUAUUAUAGCAGUUGAUUUCGGUAAUGAUAUUUCGGAGUAAUACCUUCACAGCUUGUGAAAGUAUUCUAAAAAAUAGCUUAAAUAAAAGGGAAAAAUAAUUUUUCAAUCAAAUAAUAAAUCGAUACUCCAUCAUUGUAAACUAAAACGACAGUAAUGUAAAAGAAACCUCUAAACUUUCUGGAGCAUAACGGGGAAUUAUCAAAAUGUGUUAAAAAGUUAAAAUAGGACCCAUUCCCAAACUGAAAGUGUAAAACGGUCGCUAGCAGGAUCAUAAAUUUGCGAAAAUUGUAAAGGAUCUAAAGAUUGUACCAUACGUGAGUUUUCCAAGGUGACGGAUGAUACUCCAUUAGCAUAAUUAGUCUAAACUACGGUACCCUAUACUUUCCUAACGGACGGAGAGACGGACAGACGACGCAAAAUUAUAAACUCGCAAGGAGCUCGUUAAUAAUUUAUAAUGUGUACGCUCAAAAAUGUAAACAAUUGGUAAAUUCACAAUCUAAAUAAAAAUUCAUUAUCAGUGGAUAUGACCUGUAAAUCUAAUCACUUUCCUCAAAAGUCAAAUGUUACUUGAAGCUUAUCAUGCGUAGACAAAUUUUGAAAUAUUAUUAUAACGCAAAUACGCCAAUAACGUUAAACUGUCAUAAUUUGUAACUUGAAAGAAAAUCCGUCGGAGGCCCAUUUUAUCAAGCUUGUUUUACAAAUAUGUACUGUUUUCCAGUUCCUCAAAUAUUAUUAAACAAAUGUAUUUAAUACCAGACGACAGUUUGAAACCACAAAUCGAAAUUACCUAAUUACUGUUAAUGAGUUUUGUGGCGAAUCUGUAAAGAAAACUUAGCUACAAUGGAAUGCAGUGUGUUAGCACUUUUCAUUAACGCUUCUAUUAGCACUCUAACUAUUAGCGCUAUGUUUACAAGAGCAGGCAUCUGGCCCCAAUCGUGCUGUACCGAUGUGUGUUAUAUAGCAUUUUCCAAAGUCACAAACACCAAAAAAAUUUCAUUUACUUAUAGAAACAAAACUCAAGACAAAAUGGCCAGUGUCCUCGAGCUGAUUUUUGUCGGCACGUUAGCAUGUCCUUUAGUUUUAUUAUUAGCUUUCUACUUAUAUUUUAAAAUUUCAUUUACGUAUUGGGGCAAAAGAGGAGUAUGCGUACCAUUUAAGCCGAUUUUUCCAUUUGGAAACGCCAAAGACGUACUACUACAGAGAAAGGGACUUAGUGAGGUACUUUCAGAUGUUUGCUACUCUUCUUGCGCUAACGCUAAACGAUUCUGUGGAUUCUAUUUCUUAUCAAGACCUUGUUUGGCUAUUGGAGAUGUAGAAUUAGUCCAAUCCAUAAUGAAAACUGAUUUUGAACACUUCACGGAUCGACUUUUUCAUGGCGAUUCAUCAGAUCCUCUGAGCGAACAUUUAGUUUCCAUGAAAGGUAAACAGUGGAAAGAUGCGCGAUUACAAUUAUCACCCGCUUUUACGAAAAUUAAAAUGAAAAUGAUGUUUCCAACCAUCUGUAAGUACACUGAUGAGCUACUAGACGUACUCCACAGUAUAGAAACGGACGAGGUUGACAUUCAUGAAUUGCUUGAUCGUGCCGCUAUCGAUAUGUUCGGUUGUUGUGCUCUUGGACUAGAAUGUUCGAGUCUAAAGGACCCAAACUCCAAGAUCGCACACUGCAUAAAGCAAUUUUUCAACAGCACAUCGUUUCUUGAUUUAUUUAUUAGAUUAAUCUCCAUAACUUGGCCGAAUCUAUUGGCGAAGAUAAAGUUCAGAUCAGUACAAAAACCAGUUGCCGACUUUUUCCUCAAUACCAUUACAGAAACCUUAAGGUACCGAAAGGCCAAUAACGUCGUUCGAAAUGAUUUUCUUCAAUUGUUGCUACAAAUUAAAGAUAAUCAGGAAUUUGGUAAUUCGAACAACUUUCAAGGCGCUGCUUUGACCGAAACUGGAAUCGUCGCAAAUUCGCUUAUAUUUUUCGUAGGGGGGUACGAAACCUCAUCUCUUACAAUGUCGUAUUGCUUAUAUGAACUCGCUGUUAACCCAGGAAUACAAGAAAAAGCAAGAGGCGAGAUUAAAAAAAUUGUAGAACAACAGGGAUUCACCUAUGAUUCGGUUAUGGGUAUGUCUUACUUGGAGAAAUGUGUGUUGGAAUCUCUAAGAAAACACUCACCCAUCCCGUUUCACUCCAGAGAGUGUACCAAAGACUACACCAUACCAGGCACUGCGACUGUAAUAGAAAAGGGGACCGCUGUUUUCAUAAUGAAUAGGGCAAUUCACAAAGAUCCACUCUAUUACCCAAAUCCGGAAGUAUUUAAUCCAGAGAGGUUUUCAGAGGACGAAGUCACUAGAAGGCUUCCCGCAGCAUAUACCGCGUUUGGAUUAGGCCCUAGAAGAUGCAUUGGGUCAAACUUCGCUGCGGUGGAAAUACAAACAUGUUUAGCAAAGCUGCUUCUGAAUUACAAAUUUAUCGUAAACGCUAAAACAAGAAUCCCCAUGGUUUACGAUCCUCGAAUUGUUAUAAACGUACCUCAAAAUGGUAUAUGUUUAAGUAUAGAAAAGAUUUCAGCAUAAAUUUUGACUGGUUUAGAUAUAUGUUCAUUUAUAGUGCCCACGAACUGAGGCAUAUUUAAUAAAUUGACGGAAACACUUGCUAAGCUUAAUUAUUAUGCACAAUUAUAAGAUUUCAUUGUU